ACUGGUGUCCUCCAUCCAUGCCAUCAUGGCAACCACGGCGGGAGUCAUCAUUGUGUCAUCCUGCCGGGGAAACAUCAUUAGUGACAGGCACUGGCUGGCCACCUACUUCGUCAUCUGGUACGGUGUGCCCUACAUGACAUACGACCUCUUCGCCAUGUACCUCAGUCACUACCACCGCUUCCGCGUCAAGGGCCACGAGGACUACAAGCAGCAUUCGCUGAGGACCGUAAACUCCUUCGUCCGUAGAGAGUUCCUGCUGGUGUUGCAUCACAUCGCCCUGCUCACUAUCCUGCUGCCUGUCACACUGUUCUUUAGAAGGGACCAGGGGGAUUUCUUCAUCGGCUGCUUGUUUCUAACAGAGCUCAGCACACCCUUCGUCUCCCUGGGGAAGAUACUUAUUCAGCUCAGCCUCCAGGACUGCUGGCUGCACAAGGCCAACGGCGGUAUGGUACUGCUCACCUUCUUUAUGUGCCGCAUCGCUCUCUUCCCCUACAUGUACUGGGUGUACGGCCAGCACUACGGCAUCCCGCUCUACAGCGUGCCCUUCCACCUGCCGCUGUCCGCCAACCUGGGCAACUCGUGCAUCCUGGCGCCGCAGGUGUACUGGUUCGUCCUGCUUUGCCGAAAGGGCUACCGCCUGUACCGGCGUAGUCGUAUGCCGGACUCGUCUCCUGCGGCCGCCGUCACUGACAAUUCUAAGGAUGAUUGACGACCCAGUUCACGAUUGCUCGCUCAAGCCGCACACUCAGCUACUAACGCAACUACUUCUGCAAAGGCACUAGAUUGACUUAACACAUUUCAAACCCCACCAUCGUACUGUAGUACACCAGGACUGCCUGCUCUUGUCCCACAACUCCUGGGCAUUCUCCGCACACUUUAACUCCUCUGUUACAAAUCUGCUGCCUAAGUGGACCUCUCCACCGAUCCAAUUCUACUACUGAAGUUUGAUGAUUUUUUUUGGGUUGUUGUUGUUGUUUUGUUUUUUCUCUUCUCUUGCCUGGAUCUUGUUGAAGUGCUUCACGGCGCCUGUUAACAUUUACUACACUGAAGAAAAGAUCGUGUUUGCUUCUCCGCGAGUGAAAACGCAGGAGUAAAAAGCAACCAGAAGCUGAAGAAGAGCCUCCGUGGAGAGACAUUAUCUUAUCUUACUCCUACUGUGUUUACAGCCUCUGCUGAUUUGGAAGGUCUGUUACGACAGGUUGUAUUUAUUUUUAUGGUUUUGCUGUAAUGUGCCGGAUAGUUGCGUUUACUCUCCCAUCCGUUCACUAAUCACACUGACAAAGGAGGAUUAGGAAUAGUGGUGGGUGGGAUGCAAAUCCAGGCCGUAUUAGCAGGAAUAUCUGUGAGGAAUAUCUGUCACCUCAUCCACAUUUGAGAGCUAAAAACAUUUUGCUAAAACCCCGUUAAUGUGAUUCUGACUCCCCCCCCCGUUCAUUUUGUCUGUAGCAUGCCCCCAUCGGUUCGCAAAUCUGCAGCGACGAUCCCUCGUUCCUCUCCGUGACUGCGUAACACUUUAACGGCGCUGGAUCGUUUGUUUCCAGAAGCCACUCCCCCCUUCGUUUGCUGAUAGUGUAUCACCAGGAAUUAACACUCACGUACUUGGAGAAACUUCCAUUUACAGGAGAUCUGGCAAUGUCCUCCAAUGCCGGGAGUUCGAGAACCAACAAGGGAAUUACCUCAAAUGUGGGAACCGUUUCUUCAUCUUUCAUAAAAAAAAAAAAAUAUUGAAAUCAUGAAAUGCAUGGCAUUAAACAUUCUCGCUUGAUACUGCAAAGUUCGGUCGAGACCUCAAAUGAGUCAACUUCAGAACAACUCAGACUGCUCUCGAUGUCUGAAUAAUAACACAAAGCCAUCGCAGGAAUGAGACUUAGCCCCUCUCUUACGAAAUAUAUCGUGCAUUUGAAUUAUCUUACGCCCAAGCGGGAGGACAGGCGAAGUUCAGCUUUUACAGAGCAGAGUUAUGACAGAUUUCAUCUUCUGAAUCCACGAUCUCUGUUUAGACGAUACUGGAGCGGAGCUGAUGUGGGGAGGCCGGGGGGUUGAUGUGAAGGUGGGGACGAACUCAGGGCCAAGGUCAGAGCAAUAAGUGAAAACAGAGGAGUGAAAAUAUUUCUUGAGCAACCAGCCACAAAAAAAUCAAGGAGUGACGAUUCCUGAAACCGAGCUACAACGUAAGAGAUUACAUCCAGUAACUGUUCGGUUUCCCCCGAGGCUUCUGAGAUUUAUAUGCACUUGUGUAUCCGCUGUUGCAUCGAGCACUUCAGAGAGAGAGGGCUGUAUAUACUUCAAGUUUUUAGAGAUUUACAUCAUAUUUAAGUUGCAGCACAAAAAAUAAUAACAAUAGUAAUUUUAAAACUUAUAUCUAGACGUCGAAAGAGGUUUUUGUUAUCACGCAAAGCUAUUAUUAUUAUUAUUUUGUUGGAUUCACAGUUUCAUAAAGACGUUUAUCUUUUAAAGGCGUUUAUGAGAGAAAAAUCGAUGCUUCUCUUUUUGAUCUUGAGAGAUUAUUUCUUCAUAUCAAAGAAUAAAUAGAGGAUAUUAUUUUCUGGGUUCAUACACAAUCUAGACCCUGAAGUUAAUUUAACUCCCUUUGGUCAUUCAAGCUUUAUAACAAACACUAAAUAUGCGUUAAUGGCCUUUUUUUUUUUUAAUGUCCUGCAAAUUCAAACUAUGCAAAAGAGGCUGCUGGUGCAUGCAUAUAACACUAAUGUAAAGUCAUAUCCAACUGAUUCACGCCUCACUAUGUUUUGUUUUAUUUGUUUUUUU